AUGGUCGGCUCCACGUCAAAGUUCACGUCUAGGCUGAUAUGGUUGUUGCUGUGGACGAGCACCACCGCUUUUCUCACGCUCCCCGGCAAGAAUCCAGUACUCUUUCCUGAUGGUGGUCGCCUUCGUAUCCAAAUUACCAAAGCAAGGCACUCUGAACGGACCCGGUACACUAACCGACUUCCGCACGAUAGUCGUCCAAAGUGUUUUGUAGGGAUUAGGCGCUGGGCCAAGGGGGAUGUGACUGGCGAAAAUCACUCUGAAACGACCGCUGUAGAAAAUGCAACCUCGCCAGAUGGCCUUUCGGUGGAGAGUUUUGAUGGUGGCGGUUUCGCUGGAUACUUGGCACCCUACGCUUUGGCCGCACUGGGGUCAAUCGCUGCGACGGCAAUCUUUGUCAAAUUUGUGUUGAUGGACUAUUAGUUCGCUCGUCUC